ACGGCACGAACGAACGAUUCAUAUCAUUGUUGGAAAAAAUCCGUGGGCAGGAAGAUUGGGACAGGCCCGGAGCGUGUGCGGACAAGAAAACUCCUACCACUGGUUUCAAAUAGUCGUAACUGUCUUCUUUGUGAAUUAUCGUCGAGCUUAAGAUAUCCCAUACACGGAGGGGAAAUGUCUUUACCUGGAACACCCAUUGACAGAGAAAAUUUUUCGUUGCCCACAAUUCGCAAAACGAGAUCGCCAUUUCAGCCGUCUAAGAAAUGCGUUCAAUCUUCUGCCAAGAAGGAAGGCAAUACAUUUCGUAAACUGGUGUUGAGCUUCACGAGAGACACGUCAGCGCACGGCAUCGGACAACUGGCGAAUUCGAAAACACUUUUAUCCAGGGUCUUUUGGUCGUUAGUGUGUAUGGGUGCACUUGGCAUGUUUGUAUAUCAGGCAAAGGGACUACUUCAGCAAUACCUGUCCAAGCCAAUUGCCACAACCGUUUCUGUUAGCUUCGAAAAGCGUCUCGCAUUCCCGGCCGUUACAGUGUGCAACCUCAAUAUGAUACGCAAAGAUGCCGUGCCGCAAAAAGUUCUGAAAUUUCUUGAGAAAAAUUAUGAAUCUUGGGCAUAUAAUAACGGUUUAAAAAACACUCGACGUCGUCGAGAUGCAACACAGACCACAGAUAGUCCAAGUAACAAGAUCAGUUCACAUGGCAAAUCUGAAUACGACUCGUCUGAAUACGACAUGUACCGAGUGAGCAACGAAGAUUAUGAAUCGAAUUCGUACGAUGAAGACGAUAAAGAGGAGUUCCCGGAUGGAGAUGUUGUUGACGCGGAAAUGAAACUUUUCUCGGAAGUCGAACAAAUGAUUGGUGAAAUGGACGAAACAGAUCUGUAUGAACAUGGCCAUCAAUUCAACACAAUGAUUCUUAACUGCAGCUGGAAAGGCAUGGAUUGCAAAUCAGGAAAUCUAAGCAAGUUCUGGACGCGCCGCUGGAAUAACAAAUACGGUAACUGCUACACGUUCAACAAUGGUUUUGAUAAAGACAGUAAUCGGGUUCGAGUCUUGAAGGCCACUAAACCAGGACCAUCUCAAGGACUUGUGCUCAUAAUGAAUGUGGAGCAAGAGCAGUACAUUGGACCGUUCUCAGUUGAGGCCGGUGUUCGUGUUUCAUUACAUGGUCAGGGAUUGAUGAAUUUUCCUCAUGCAGAGGGUUUCAGUGCAUCCCCUGGCAUGUCGACUUCAGUGGGAAUCAAGAAAACAAAGAUUACCAGAUUGGAUCGAUUCAACAACAAAAGUUGCCUGGCUCACGAUCAACUACCGAAGAUCAACAUUUAUCGACGUUUCAGAAACAUCACGAUAUACUCACAACAGGCUUGCCUUCAAUCGUGUCUUGCUUUGAGUCAACGGAUACGCUGCAAGUGUAGUGAGGCAUCAUAUCCCUCAACUGACCCUUGUGAUCUCUUUAAUACUGCAACAAGAGAAAAUUUGCAAACGGCUUCUGCCACUACUUUGAGCAAGUUUAAAAACUUGGCGAACGAACCAAUCCAUGGAUCUAAUGCAAAUGUGUUUUUUUGCGCAGAUUUAUGUCUUCGCAAGGUGAAGAAUUUAUUCAAUAAAGACAAAUUACCCUGUAUACAAAGCUGUCGUCAGCCCUUGACAAUUUGCACAUCUGGCGUCUGUCUUUUUUUUUUAAGAGAGGAAGUGAUUCAGAAGACGAUCAGCUCGUCAACAUGGCCUUCGAAAGCCUAUAAGAAAUAUUUAAAAGAACAGGGACUAGAGGACGGGGAUAGCGAAAAUCUCCUACGGUUGAACGUCUUCUAUAGCGAGCUGAACCAUGAAAAAAUCGAAGAAUCCUUUUCAUAUGGGACUGUGAACUUGUUGGCGGACAUUGGUGGACAACUGGGGUUAUGGAUAGGGAUAUCUGCGAUCACCGUGUGCGAGCUUCUACAACUUAUUGUGAUGCUCUUUGCCGUUUGCUUAUGGAAAUUGAAGGACAGUGGUCAGAUUGGUGGAGCUUCCGCUUAUCACUGAAAACGUCAAUGAAGCUAAGAUGCAUGAGGGAGUCCAAUGAAGAAGAAUUUGAACUGAAAUAAAAAAAAACGAAGACACAUAUAUAUAUAUCUGGAUAUACGAAGCUGCAAUGAAUUGAAAUCAAGGGAGACGAGGUAUUUUCACACGAUUUAAGGGGACAAACUUUACAAAAGAUCCCACGAUGUCUCUCAAUCUCCAUAAAAUACCUUCGCUCGAAAGUUGCAAAGUAUUUUAUUGUACUACCACGAACUUUUUAAAUAUACAGCAUAAUUCUUCUGUAGAAUAUGUCGUCAUACUAUAUCGCACCGCAUUGUACUUAAUUUUAAUUCAUUGUGCAGCUUUAUUGUAUUAAAUUGCACUACAUUAUACUAUUUUCUACUGUAUCCUAUAGUAUAAAGAUAUUGCAAAGCGUAAACCGCUUGAAA